UUAUCUACAUCUACACAUAUUAAAGUGAUAUUUGUAUGAUCAGUCAACCGGUUUAAUUGUUUAGAUAAUGUAUGUAGAUGUAUUAUCAUCGUUCUCGUGUUCCGAAUUGAUAUUAUUAGAUUUAGAACAUGAGUAAAUUCGAGUGGUGGUCCAUACCUUUACUGAUUUGUGUUUUGUGCUGUGCAUCAAAUGGACAUGGUCAGGAUUUUGCUAAAAAAGGCCAACUUUUCGAAACCAAUCCUGUGGAAUUAUGCCCUGAAACUAGAGAUAAGACGAAAUGUAAUGUAAGAGAUCUGAAAGUUCCUAGGAACUACUGGAACUUUGUUUCUGGUUGGUACUGUUAUCAGUACACUAAUGUCAAUAGGUACAUUAAAGGAAAAGGCGAUUAUGAUUAUGUGAAAUUCCUCCCAACAAUUUGCCCUCAAAUCAGCAACACCGUUAUGACUUUACCCAUUAGAGUUUUCAACGACACAAAUCCCGUAACGUUUGCAUUUUUUGAUUACACAAAUUCCACAUCAAGGAACAUGUUGAGUAAAAUUUUUAAAAACGAGAAUGAUUUUAUGUUGUACCUUAGUUGCAACCAAGUUGCUGAUGAUUGUUGCAACAAGGAGACGAACGAAACGAAUGCUCUUCCAUCUAAGGAAUAUUGCCCUGUCGUUUUCGACGCUUGGGACUGUUUCCCACAAACGAAGCUCCACGAAGUGGCACACAAAGUAUGUUCGCCACAAACCAAACCGACGUGCAGAGCCUACAGUUCGAAAUCGUGCGAUUGGAACGCCGCCACCGAAACGGCCGAAUGGAAAAUCAACACUUCGUAUGCAAAUUGCGCCAUGGCCCACAUCUACAACCGAAGACACAAGUUCAACUCCAUAACUCUGACGAUAUCCAUUUUUCUGACCCUUCCUGCGGUCGUGGUGUUCCUAUCGUUCAGCAAUUUCCGGAAGCAAACUCGGAUAAUCCUGCACAGAAACUUGCUGAUAGCCAUCGUGAUCAGAAGCGUCCUUACCGUCAUGUCCAAGGAGUUGAUCUUGUUGCAUUAGAUUGAAAACGACGGUAACGGGGUGAUGGAUGAGAACAGCGUGGCCUGCAGAGUUUUGACGUUCUUCGAAAACGUUUUCAAGAACGGAAUAUACGCGUGCAUGCUGAUCGAUGGAUUUUACUUACACAAGGUUAUCGUCAGGAAUUUCGCCAAGGAACCGAAACUUUGGCACUUGAUGGCCGCAGUUUUAACUUUGUCAUUGGUUCCUUCGUUGAUUUGGGCGACGGUUAAAGGGGCAAAAAACUCAUCUAACUGUUGGUUGGUGGAUACGGACAAUGAGCAAUGGAUAGUGGAUGGGUUCAGGAUAGCAGUUUUGACCACUAAUUUUAUACUUUUGAUCGAUAUUAUUAGAAUCAUGUUUACCAAAAUGAAACAGGCCAACACCACAAGACAAGCACGGGCGGCAUUCAAGGCGACAGUAUUCCUGAUCCCAUUGUUCGGAUUACAUUUCAUCAUAACGGCGGAUCAAAAUAUAGUGUACGACGACACGUGCGUUGCAAAAGACGUUUACGAAUAUUCGAGAUACAGCCUGGAAGCUUUGCAGGGAGUCAUGGUCGCAAUUUUGUUUUGCUACUGCAACAACGAAGUACAUGGGGAGUUAAAGAACGUUUACAGGAAACUGAGGAUUCAUCUAAGUGAGAGAUUCGGAAGGGGCAGCUUCCGUGCGACAAAAAUGAGGAGAGACACAACCGCCACUUACGUACCUGAAGUCCGGUCCAGUGUUUUAUGAUUGUUUUCCUCUGAUUUAUUGAUUAAUUUCAAUUUUUAUAUUUAUUUGUGAGAUUGU